AAUAUUAUUUAUAUACAUUUAAAAAUUACUUUGAAAAUAAUUUUAUGAUAACAAGAAUAAAAUCAAUAACCAAAUUAUGAACAAGAGAAUAUCAAAAUAUAAUUGAUACAUCUAAAAUACAAUAUACUACACAAAUAUGACUAAAACGAAUAUAUCAAGUUACUGGUAAUGAUUGGUGAUUAUAAAUAUAUUGGAGCAAUUUCAAAUUGCACGCGAUAUGAGACAUGUGUGUGUAUAAUAAUAUGGAAAUUGGAAAUGUUUGAAACAAGAUCAACAAUAAAUAAAGUAUUAGGUGAUAAUUUUCAAUGGAUCAAAUUGUAAUAAUGAUACUUACCUUAAGUUGUGAAGCAAAAGAAAUUUAUUAAAGCUUAUAUAGUAUACUUUUUACCUUUCGUUUUCCAUUUCUUCUUCUAUGAUAAAAUAUCUGGGAAAUGCAUGAAUAUAAUAUAUAUAUUAAAUAAUAUAUUAUACAAUAUUUUCUGACAAUUGAAUUCCAAUCAACAAUAAUAUUAAUGAUACUAUAUACACAUAAAAAUAUAUGUAAUUUAUAGAAUUGUUUUAUGAUGAAAUGACAAUAGAAACAUUAAUUUAGCUAAAUAAGCUAGCUCUAGAACACUUUAUAAAAUAUAAUUGGCACGUUUAAAAUUGGUUUAAUUCACUUAAGAAAAACGUAUUUUCCAUCCACAAACAGAUAUCAAGUUUUAUAGUUCUCUUAGUAAUCCAACAUCUAGAAGAAAUAAACUAUCACUUUAAUCAAUAAUAUAAUGACAAAGGUGAAAAGAAACUUCGACUCUUUCAUUUCAUGUGAUUAAUUUCUUUAUGAAUUCAUCAUUUCAAUUUCUACAUCAAAAAAAAAAAACAAGAAGCUAUAAGAAAUUUUAAGCAAUUUAAUGAUAAUUAUGUAAAUUAUACAUUGUAUACACAAAUUCUUUCUCUCCCAUAAAAAGAAAGAUACUAAGUUGUAAUUAUACGACUAACGAUCGAUAAUUAUAUACUGAAAGAAUUUUAAAUUGCAAUCUGUAUAUAGCAAUGGUGGUAAAAAUAAAAAAAAGAAUAAACAGAUGAAGAAUGCAAUGACAAGCAACAAUUGUAUCGAACACUUCGAAUUGAUAGAGUACUCGCAAGCUUUUAGUGAUAUACGUAAAUAUAACACGAAUAUAAUAUUAAAAAAAAAGAUCCUUGUAUAUCCUUUUUAGUUUAGUUUAGUUUUUAUCCUCUUAUGAAUCAAAUUUAUAAAAAGAUACAUAACAAUUUUCCUUGCAGAAUUUUUCUCCUUUCAUUCAUCAAAAUUAUUAUUUUUCUAUCCAUAAAAAUUACAAGAAGAUUAAGUAAGGAAGGAAAUGAAUUUUCAAAAUUUGAAUCGUUUGAACGCCUUCGCAAACAUGGUUUCGGGAAACUUUUUACCGAUGAACAAUAUAAAUGAGAAAUUAUCCAUAAUUUUGAAAAUCUAUUUCGUCAUCGCUUGGAUAAUAGAACUGAUAUACGUGACCGCCUCUUUUCUCGGACUUUUCAAUGUGUCGGGGGAAAAAGCGUUAAAGGAUGGAACAGUGAACAUAGCCAUCUCGUUUGAAGUGAUAAUCUUCAACAUAUACUUACACAGUCGUAAAAAGUUGCUAUAUAAAUUAAUCGGAAAGUUGAAUCAUCUUCUGAUUACAGAAGACGAAAUAUUUCGAAGCGUGAUAAUUGAUACGGUGAAACCGUUAGAGAUGCCUUUAAAAAUUUAUGUAAUUGCUAGUGUUGCUUCGCUUAUGAUAUGGAUAUUAUCUCCGUUGAUCAAAUUGUUUCAAAAGAAUGAGUUUUAUUACGAGGAUUUUAUAAUGCCAGCCGUUUUUUCCAAACAACCUUUCUCAAACGAUAUUUUUAUUUGUGGCAUUUUUCUUCAAUUGCUUGGCGGUGAAGAUACGAUAAUUAGAAAAAUUAGUCUAGAUAUCUAUACCAUAUACUUGUGCCUUUUAAUAACGGCACAAUACAAAUAUCUUAGAAUCAAAUUUGCGAUUAUACUUAAAGAGAAACAUCAAAUAACGAAAGAUCUAUAUAAGAAUAUUAUUUGGCAAAACGACAAUGUCAGACAGGAAAUGAAGUUGUUAACCCGCCAUUUUGAAACUGUAAUCGAGACGACUACUAUAUUGAAAAAAUUAAUUUCUCCCAAUAUUGGAUUUCUUUACUUAAGCUACGUUUUCCGGUUCUGCUUUCUGAGUUUUAUGUUUGCAAUGACUUCGGCCAAGUAUUUUGAAAAAUGUUUACUUGCAUCGUAUACAAUCGGUGCACUAAUACAAUUUUAUAUAUUAUGUUAUUGUAUUCAACGUUUAUUUGAAGCGAGUUCGUCUAUAGCAGAUGAUGUGGUAUAUGAAAAAUGGUACUCUUACGACGUACGCUUUCAACGUAUAAUUCUUAUGAUAAGUUUGACUAACGAAUUAAAGUGUAAAAUAUCCAAUUUUCAAAAUAUUGAUUUAACUUUACCAUCUUUUAUGUCGAUUCUAAAUCAAGCAUAUUCGGUAUGUUUAUUAUUUUUGAAAGCAAGACAAGAUUGAAUCAAAUUAUUGUAAUAUCUUGUAUUAAUCAAUAGUACAUGUGAUAUUUAUGAUUAAAAGUUUCUUAUAUUAUAAUAUUUUUAUUUAAUUAUAACAUGAUAUUUUAUUUAAUUAUAGUUUUAUUUUUUUUAAAUAAUUAAAAUUAUUUUAAUAUAA